AUGAUAUGGUCAAGUUCUGUGGAUAGUGUGGUAAGUUCCCACUUUCUUCUCUUGUUCCGGUUCUCCACGGUUGGCUUGCCAACCACAACCUCGUAUGGCCUUCUCUUUCUUGCAGAUGGGGUCCUCAACUGGAACAAGCAACUUACAAGAAUCGUCACCGUCUCUAUCUCUCUCUCUGAGCAGACAGACGAAAGUGUUCCCAACACACUCGUUAUAGCCAACUGCGACGUUGUUAAACCCAGGGUUGUUGCUGUUGAGCACAUCUCUCAGUUUAACGAGGAAUCACAGUCUCCUUUUGUCAAGAAGUUCAAAACUAUACUACAUCCUGGCGAGGGAGUUAAAAUUUACUCUCUCAGAUUUUGACAGUUGGUAUUGAUCCUCUGCUCAAUCAUCUUGACAUGAAUGGCACUAUCCUUUCACAAAUACAGUAUGCUCCAUCGUUAUCUUUUUCUAUCUCCUUACAUCCCUUAGGGGUAUAUUCUGUUACUGUUGUGUUUAGUACGGGUUGUCUGCUCAAACAUUGCUAUUGUGUUUAUGUAAACCAAAGUAAUUUUUGUUGAGAAUUUUUAAUUUUUAUUUUAGCUUUUAUAUCCAUUAAUGUGCAAUCUACAAACAUGGGAAAUAUAACUAUGGCUUAUUGCAAAUGUA